AUGGGGUUACUUAAUGAGAAGUUUAACUACAGCCAACUCGAAGCCAACCACGAAGAGGGGUGCAGAGUUGCUAAAACCUCUGUGAAUAACAGCAGCCACGGCUGGCCCAUUCCCGGUCUGCGCUGGGUCACAGGAAAAGACCGCCUGUCUGGACUCAACUUGUUUCCUCUCACUGGUGGACAUGGCCGCACCUCCAGUCCAGAGAAAGAUGCAGAAGAGAUGGAAGAGCCACCUGAUGAGUACAGCUUAGGUCAUUUCUCAGAGCUGGAUGGAGCGGGGCGCAAACCUAAGCCCCAGUGGGGAGAAAACGGCCACGACAGGAAGCUUCAAAGAUACAAAACUCAGCGCCUGGUGACCCAUCUUCACCGAGACACGGCCCAUGACCCAGAGUAUCACACCAGCUUGGAGAGGCUCAGCCAUCCGGCUGUGUCAGAGCGGCCCUUUUCCCAAAAAGUUUCACACGUGCCAUUAAGAUUUGACUCUUGGGGUAAUUUAGGGUGUUUUCUGUCCCUCCAGCUACAGAUCAAAGUAAACGGACAGAGAGGAGGGCUAGGAAUUUGUAUUGCAGGAGGGAAAGGCUCCUUGCCAUACAAAGCGAAUGAUGAGGGUAUUUUCAUCUCAAGAGUGUCUAAAGGAGGACUCGCGGAGAAGGCAGGGGUUCAUGUUGGGGAUAGAGUGUUGGAGGUCAAUGGCCAAGACAUGCAGGAGGUCAGCCACCAUGAGGCUGUCAGCGUGCUGAGGAGUGCUGGGAGCUGCAUCAAAAUGAAAGUGCUACGGGAGAGAUGCAUGCCCAUGGAGCCACAGCAGCACGAGAGGUCUGACACCGUAGAGACAGCAGACCCCCAGGUCAGCCAAGAGUGGGAUGUUACCACGAGCAAUAACAGAUCGAGUGGCCCACAAUCCUUCACUGAUCCCACCCUGGACCGCAGCCCAAUGACUAACAGGAUAGAAGCUGCCGUCUGCAAUGGAAAUGGACCGAAUGAUCCUGCACAAGACUUGCGGCCGACGAAAGACACGGAGACCUUCAAAAACAAUGCCCUGCAGGUUGUGAAAAAUACCAUGACGAUACCUCGGAUUAUUCUGACUCACCCCUCUACCUCAGAUGAGGAAGUGGAGCCCCUGACGCAGGGUCCAGAUGAUGGGGAUUUUGAUUCUGACUUCAGCGACUCGGACAGUCACAUCUACUCUGACUGCUUUAACAGUGCUUUCUAUCCUCUGUGA